AUGGGAGGGACACUCGAGUAUGGAGCAACAUAUGGUGCCAACAAAGUCCCCUUAAUCGAUUCAUUUCUCCAAGAAACAUUGCUCGUGCCGGUUCCUCAUAUUCUUCCUGAUAAACCUGAUUUGCUUACUUGGCAUAUUUCUGAAGGAAGUAAUCAGAUCAUUAUUAAAGACGCAGAAUGGUUACACGAGCUGGCUUUGCAUAAUACCUGUAUCGAGUACUUGAUAUUUUUCUACCAGGUUAUUGAGUUUGAUGUGAAUGAUCUGACACUUCUUGCAAAGAAUUGCAGUCAAUCUUUGAAACAUGUGAAGAUAACCAGCAAAUUUAGUACUGUGGAUCUUAGAGAUUUCUUUAACUCGGCUGUUAUGUUUAAAGAUUUUCUUGGUUUUCGCCAUGGUGCCAAGACGGAGGACUACACUGGUUUCGAAUAUCCUCCAAAUAUGAAGUAUAUGUGGUUUGAACGUCACACUUUGAAAGAUGAACUUGGACUCAUUGUUCCUUUUGCGCAUCAACUAAUAAAGCUGGGGCUUUUAGAUGUGAAAAAAGAUGACCAAUGCUUUUUAUUAGAAAAGUGUCCUAAUUUGGAAUCUUUGUAUAUUAGUAGUGUUCAUGGGUACAACAUAUUGCAACUUCUUGCCCGGAUUUGCAAGAAUUUGAAAGUAAUAAAGAUUUAUGAUAGAAAACCUGGACUUAAGAAGUUACGGAAAGGGUGCCCAAAUUUACAAACACUAAGAAUAAAGGAUUCCAAGUUUAGCAAGGAAAAAGCUAUAAACUAUUUGUUCAAUAAUAUAACUUCGCUAAGUCAAUCUUUGAAAUGUGUGAACAUAACCUGCGAAUUUAGUACUGUGGAUUUUAAAGAUUUUUUUAACUCUGCUGUUAUGUUAGAAGCUUUCGGUGGUUGUAACAAUAGUGCCAUGACGGAGGACUACGCUGGUUUCAAAUAUCCACCAAAUAUGAAGUGUCCUAAUUUAGAAACUCUUUGUGCGGAUAAUAUUUAUGGGAACAAGGGAUUGCAACUUCUUGCCCAGUUUUGCAAGAAUUUGCGAAGAAUUGAGAUUUAUAAAAAGCAUGUGUCGGAGAAGGGUCUCAUUACACUGGCACAGGGAUGCCUUCAACUGGAAGAAAUUCGCAUCAAACUCAAAGAUAUCUCAGAAGAGGCACUGGUGUAUUUAGGAGCUCAUUUAAAGAACUUGCAAAGCUUCGAUAUGACUUCUCUCGGCAGGAAUAAAAGAACUGAUCAUAUUCCAGCGGAAGGGAUCCGAGCUCUGCUAAUUGGUUGCGCCGAACUUCAAGAGCUAAUUAUCAACCUUGAUCACAAACGUUUGAACCCAGUGGGUAUGCGAUAUAUCGGGAAAUAUGGUUGUGAGUUAAGACAUCUCUCUCUUAACUUUACAGGAAUACCCAGACUUAAGAAGUUAUCAAAAGGGUGCCCAAAAUUACGAGUGUUGAAGAUUAAGGAUUGCGAGUCUAUCAAGGAAGAAGAUUUAAGUUUGGUGUUGAAUAAUAUAACUUCGUUAAGGUACAUAUACGCUUGGAAUGAGAAAUACAGGCAGUAUUUAGCAACGACUCAUCCAGAUUUUGAACAAGUACUUCUCUAA